AUGUGGAGCUGGAAGUGCCUCCUCUUCUGGGCUGUGCUGGUCACAGCCACACUCUGCACCGCCAGGCCAGCCCCGACUUUGCCUGAACAAGCCCAGCCCUGGGGAGCCCCUGUGGAGGUGGAGUCCUUCCUGGUCCACCCCGGUGACCUGCUGCAGCUCCGCUGUCGGCUGCGGGACGAUGUCCAGAGCAUCAACUGGCUGCGGGACGGGGUGCAGCUGGUGGAAAGCAACCGUACCCGCAUCACAGGGGAGGAGGUGGAGGUGCGGGAUUCUGUGCCCGCUGACUCCGGCCUCUACGCUUGCGUGACCAGCAGCCCCUCGGGCAGCGACACCACCUACUUCUCCGUCAAUGUCUCAGAUGCUCUGCCCUCCUCGGAGGACGACGAUGACGAUGAUGACUCCUCUUCGGAGGAGAAAGAGACAGAUAACACCAAACCAAACCCUGUGGCUCCAUACUGGACGUCUCCAGAAAAAAUGGAAAAGAAACUACAUGCAGUACCAGCUGCCAAAACAGUGAAGUUCAAAUGCCCUUCCAGUGGGACUCCUAACCCCACACUGCGCUGGUUGAAAAAUGGCAAAGAAUUCAAACCUGACCACAGAAUUGGAGGCUACAAGGUCCGUUAUGCCACCUGGAGCAUCAUCAUGGACUCCGUGGUACCUUCUGAUAAGGGCAACUACACCUGCAUUGUGGAAAACGAGUACGGCAGCAUUAACCACACCUACCAGCUGGACGUUGUGGAGCGGUCCCCUCAUCGGCCCAUCCUGCAGGCAGGGUUGCCUGCCAAUAAGACUGUGGCCCUGGGCAGCAAUGUGGAGUUCAUGUGUAAGGUGUACAGUGACCCACAGCCCCACAUCCAGUGGCUAAAGCACAUCGAGGUGAAUGGGAGUAAGAUUGGUCCGGACAACCUGCCUUAUGUCCAGAUCUUGAAGACUGCCGGAGUUAAUACCACCGACAAAGAGAUGGAAGUGCUUCACUUAAGGAAUGUCUCCUUUGAGGACGCGGGGGAGUAUACGUGCUUGGCGGGUAACUCUAUCGGACUCUCCCAUCACUCUGCAUGGUUGACCGUUCUGGAAGCCCUGGAAGAGAGACCUGCAGUGAUGACCUCGCCCCUGUACCUGGAGAUCAUCAUCUACUGCACGGGGGCCUUCCUCAUCUCCUGCAUGGUGGGGUCCGUCAUCAUCUACAAGAUGAAGAGUGGCACCAAGAAGAGCGAUUUCCAUAGCCAGAUGGCCGUGCACAAGCUGGCCAAGAGCAUUCCCCUGCGCAGACAGGUGUCGGCCGACUCCAGCGCAUCCAUGAACUCUGGGGUUCUGCUCGUGCGGCCCUCCCGCCUCUCCUCCAGCGGAACCCCCAUGCUGGCCGGGGUCUCUGAAUAUGAGCUCCCCGAAGACCCUCGCUGGGAGCUGCCUCGGGACAGGCUGGUUCUAGGCAAACCCCUGGGAGAGGGCUGCUUCGGGCAGGUGGUGUUGGCAGAGGCCAUUGGCCUGGACAAGGACAAACCCAACCGUGUGACCAAAGUGGCUGUGAAGAUGUUGAAGUCGGAUGCAACAGAGAAAGACCUGUCUGACCUGAUCUCGGAAAUGGAGAUGAUGAAGAUGAUCGGGAAGCACAAGAACAUCAUCAACCUGCUGGGAGCCUGCACGCAGGAUGGUCCUUUGUACGUCAUCGUGGAGUAUGCCUCCAAGGGCAACCUCCGGGAGUACCUGCAGGCCCGGAGGCCUCCUGGGCUGGAAUACUGCUACAACCCCAGCCACAACCCCGAGGAGCAGCUCUCCUCCAAGGACCUGGUCUCUUGCGCCUACCAGGUGGCCCGAGGCAUGGAGUAUCUCGCCUCCAAGAAGUGCAUACACCGAGACCUGGCCGCCAGGAAUGUCCUGGUGACGGAGGACAAUGUGAUGAAGAUCGCGGACUUUGGCCUCGCUCGGGACAUUCACCACAUCGACUACUAUAAAAAGACCACCAAUGGCCGACUGCCUGUGAAGUGGAUGGCACCCGAGGCUUUGUUUGACCGGAUCUACACCCACCAGAGUGAUGUGUGGUCUUUUGGGGUGCUCCUGUGGGAAAUCUUCACUCUGGGAGGAUCCCCAUAUCCCGGUGUGCCUGUGGAGGAGCUUUUCAAGCUGCUGAAGGAGGGUCAUCGGAUGGACAAGCCCAGCAACUGCACCAACGAGCUGUACAUGAUGAUGCGGGAUUGUUGGCACGCAGUACCUUCUCAGAGACCUACCUUCAAGCAGCUGGUAGAAGACCUGGACCGCAUAGUGGCCUUGACCUCCAACCAGGAGUAUCUGGACCUGUCAAUGCCCCUGGACCAAUACUCGCCCAGCUUUCCUGACACCCGAAGCUCUACCUGCUCCUCGGGGGAGGAUUCUGUCUUCUCUCACGAGCCGUUGCCUGAGGAGCCCUGUCUGCCCCGACACCCAGCCCAGCUUGCCAAUGGCGGACUCAAACGACGCUGA